GUUCCGUAAAGUGCCAGAGGGGUACGAAUGGAGUAAUGGCGGACGUUUAGUUUAGUUCAUUCAACACCGAUUUAUCAUUUAGAAGAAUCCAACAAAAACAACCCAAAACGCACGUUAUUAGUGGCGAUAUAGGAAAAACGCAACCGAAAAAUAAUGAUACCAUAACCAUAUGGUGUUCUAACGUGAAAACUGGUUUUCGAUAUGAGCGAGGAUAGCGAUAAAGGCCCGGAAAAGGGCUCCAGGAAACGUCUCCCUGAGGCUAUAUGCAGUAGUGAAAGUUCAGAUAGUGAUAGCUCCUUCGAAUCCGUUCCUAAACCCAAGAAGAUUAGGGUUAGAAACUAUAUUAGUGAUAGUGUUUCCGAUAGUGAUAGUUCCAUUGAAAUCGUGCAUAAACGACGCGUUACGCGUUUAAACAGCGAUUUACAAAGUAAUACUUCAACAUCAUCUGGUUCUGAUAUCAUUCAUUUGCGUCGUAACGCUCGCCCCCUUUCAAAUAUGGAGGAUUCUUCGGAUUGUUCAGAAUCUGAAUGGGAACUUGAGGAACCAAGCAAUAAUAACCCUCAAAUUGAAGCUUCUUCUGAAACGUCCGGGGGUGAAGAACGCGAACAUUGCCCCAUUUGCUUAGUAAAAUUUCGAAAUCAAGAUAUUGGAACCCCUGAGUCUUGUGAUCAUUCGUUUUGUCUUGAUUGCAUAUUGGAGUGGGCGAAAAAAGUUCAAACAUGCCCCGUGGACAGGCAACCUUUUGGAAUUGUGUUACACAGGGAAUCAAUUAAUGGAAAAGUUGUUAAUCAAGUUGCUGUUAUGAAAGAAGAAGAAAUCCCUGAUGAUGAUGUAGUACUUGAUUUAACUUUUUGUCAAAUUUGUGGAUCUCCUGAUAAUGAAGAUACGAUGUUAUUGUGUGAUGCUUGCGAUAUGGGGUACCACAUGUUGUGUUUGGACCCUCCGUUAGAUGAAAUCCCUGAAGGAGUUUGGAUGUGCCCGUAUUGUACACCUGUUCAUCACGUUAUUGGAUUAGAAUUGGAUCAAAGGAAUGUAAUGAAUAGGUCUUUACCGAGAACACGUCACAUGGAACGAGUGCGUUCAACGAUUCAAACCAAUCGUGCUCAAACGACCACUCGAAAUACCACCUCGACGUCCACGACUCGAAGACGCCGGAAAAAACGAACCAAAAGACGUACCAAAAUUAAAAUCGUCUAUGAAACUAACGAAAUCACGGGCGAAACCGUCGCUAUUGAGACGAAAGUUAAGCAACGACGGAAACGAAGGAAACGGAAAGUUCCUCGGAGAAGAAAUCGAGCGGUUGUACCAAAAACGGUCAAAAAACGACUUGCGGCACAACUUGGAAUUUGUAAAUUACGAACGGAUGGGCAACUUUUACCGGAUGUUCGUAUUUCGAAUAAUUGUAACGAUUUAACAGGUAAAUUUAAAUUUAAAAACGAGUAAAUAAUUUAUAUUUAC